UUGGUCAUUUAUAUUAAGCGUCCAAAUAUCAGACAGCUAUGGAAUAAUUUACCAAAAGAGCCUGUUUUAUUUUGGUGUUAAUUUAUCUUAGACAUUACUACCGUAUCUAAUAAUGAUGGAUACUCACAGUCAUUCAAUGUUUAUUCUACUUUCCUUGUUUUCAAAUUUAGUUAUGGUCUUAGUACUGGCAGAUGAAACAUCAAUUAAUGGUGUCGUUCAUCUCGAUACAACUCCUCGAAGCUCUUAUCAAUCCAUAAAGACCAAUGGACCUGAAAUUUCGAUGGACCUUCACAAUGAAUUUGUGGAAACUGUUGAUCGACAUGAACAGCAUGAAGCUGCAGAUCAUAACCACGAGAAGCACGAAAUUCAUCGUUACCAUGUAGCCAAGGUUGACUUUCCACAUGUUUCUACUCCUUAUAUUAUUAGCAUAUGGAUCUUAAUCGCUGGAUUAGCAAAAAUUGGUUUUCAUGUUACGCCAAAGCUCGGCCUUAUCUUUCCAGAGAGCUGUGUACUUAUCGUGGUUGGAGUGAUCAUUGGAUUAAUACUCUUCUACACCGGCAUUGAACAAGUUGGACCUCUGACCCCAGAAGUCUUCUUCUUGUACAUGUUACCUCCAAUUAUUUUGGACGCUGGAUAUUUUAUGCCUAAUCGCCUCUUCUUUGAUAACAUGGGAUCCAUCUUGGUAUAUGCUGUAAUUGGCACUGUCUGGAAUGUCUUAACCAUUGGAUUCUCCUUAUGGGCAAUUGGAUUGACCGGUCUUUAUGGAUUAGACAUUCCUCUUCUUGACAUACUUUUAUUUAGUUCCAUAGUGAGCGCUGUUGAUCCUGUAGCCGUUCUGGCUGUUUUCGAAGAGAUCCAUGUGAACGAAGUAUUGUACAUAUUGGUAUUCGGGGAGUCUCUACUAAAUGAUGCUGUUACAGUGGUUCUGUAUCAUAUGUUCGAAGGCUAUACUGAAAUGGGGCAGGAAAACAUCAUACCCAUUGACUACCUGGCGGGUGUGUUGUCUUUCUUCGUUGCAUCGCUUGGAGGCGCUUUCUUUGGUGUUCUAUGGGGUAUCAUAGCGGCAGUUUUGUCCAGAUUCACUCAUCAUGUGUUGAUCAUAGAGCCUUUGUUUAUUUUUGUGUUAGGAUAUCUUUCUUACCUCACCUCUGAGCUGUUCCAUUUAUCCGGAAUUGUGGCGCUGACAUUUUGUGGCAUAACCAUGAAAAACUAUGUGGAAGAAAAUAUAACUUACAAAUCUCACGUCACUUUAAAAUACGCUAUGAAGAUGUUAGCUAAUUCAUCGGAAACUAUUAUCUUCAUGUUUCUCGGAGUGUCAAUUGUGAACGACGAACACGAUUGGAACACGUGGUUUGUCAUCUUGACUGUUAUAUUUUGUACAGUAUAUCGUACGAUUG